AUGGGUUACGAAAACGACAACAGAGGUUCUUACAGAUCAUACGGUGGUGGUGAUAGACAAAGAUAUGGUAGAGACGAUAGAAAUGGUAAUUAUGGAAACAGAGGUGGCGGUAGAGACUUUGGUGACAGAGAAUUAGGUGAUAAUCUACAAAAGCAGAAUUGGGACCAACUGUCUCUACCAAAGUUUGAAAAGAAUUUUUACAAGGAAGAUCCAGUAGUCUCUGGAAGAUCCCAAGAAGAAAUUGAUCAAUUCAGAAAUGAAAACGAAAUGACAAUUGAAGGUCAUGAUAUUCCAAGACCAAUUACUUCUUUCCAAGAAGCAGGAUUCCCUGAUUAUGUUUUGAAGGAAGUUUUAGCUGAAGGUUUUGAUAAACCAACUGCUAUUCAAUGUCAAGGUUGGCCAAUGGCUUUAUCUGGUAGAGAUAUGGUUGGUAUUGCUGCUACUGGUUCUGGUAAAACUCUAUCUUAUUGUUUACCAGCAAUUGUUCAUAUAAAUGCACAGCCACUAUUGAAGCCAGGUGAUGGUCCAAUUGUCUUAGUUCUUGCACCAACUAGAGAAUUGGCUGUUCAAAUUCAAAAGGAAUGUUCUAAAUUCGGAAAAUCAUCAAGAAUUAGAAACACUUGUGUCUAUGGUGGUGUUCCAAGAGGUCAACAGAUUAGAGAUUUAGCUAGAGGUGUUGAAAUCUGUAUUGCAACCCCAGGUAGAUUGUUGGAUAUGUUAGAAUCCGGUAAGACCAACUUAAGAAGAGUUACCUAUUUGGUUUUAGAUGAAGCUGAUAGAAUGUUAGAUAUGGGUUUUGAACCUCAAAUUAGAAAAAUUAUUGAUCAGAUCAGACCAGACAAGCAAACUUUGAUGUGGUCUGCUACAUGGCCAAAAUCCGUUCAAGGUUUAGUUAGAGAUUAUUUGAAUGAUUACAUUCAAGUCAAUGUUGGAUCAUUGGAAUUAUCUGCUUCCCAUAACAUUAAGCAAGUUGUUGAAGUUGUCACUGAUUUUGAAAAAAGAGAUAAAAUUUCCAAAUAUAUUGAAACUGAAAUGGAAGAUAAAGAAUCAAAGAUUAUUAUUUUUGCAUCAACCAAGAGAGCUUGUGAUGAAUUAACAACUUACUUAAGAAGUGAAGGUUGGCCUGCACUUGCCAUUCAUGGUGAUAAAGAACAAAGAGAAAGAGAUUGGGUUUUACAAGAAUUUAGAAGCGGUAAAUCUCCAAUUAUGGUGGCAACUGAUGUUGCAGCAAGAGGUAUUGAUGUUAAGGGUGUUACAUGUGUUAUCAACUUCGAUAUGCCAACUAACAUUGAAGAUUACGUCCACAGAAUUGGUAGAACCGGUAGAGCAGGUGCUAAAGGUACCGCAAUUACUCUGUUCACCAGAGGAGAUGACAAGCAGGCACAUGACUUGAUUGUUAUUUUGCGUGAGGCAAACCAAGAAGUCUCACCUGAAUUACAGGCAUUAGAUAGAAGACAGUGGGGUAGAGGUAGUGGCAGAGGUGGCAGAGGUGGAAGAGGCGGUAGAGGCGUUAGAGGUGGUAAUAGAUACGGUGGUAACAGAGGAGGCAACAGAUUUGGUGGUAGAUCAUCAGGUGCUAAUAAUCAGCCACUAGGAGGUAAUAGAUGGUAA